AACGAAGAGAUUGAAGAAGAUCCGAAAGCAGAGGAUGAGGAGGACGAGGACGAGGAACGCUCCAAUCCAACAAUUGUUUUAUUCUUGUUAUUCGUUGUUUAUGUUGUUACUGGUGCAUUAUUGUUGAGCACUUAUGAGCCAGGGAUGACUUUUUUUAGAAAGCGUCGUUAUUCGUUAUAA